UUUGGGGGUAGUAUAAAUAGGAGAAUUAACGUCAUAAUUCCAAGUUUAACAAUAAGGCUUUUACAAGGUCAAGUCUUUAGGUUAAUUCCUUGUGGGAACGGUCAAGGAUGAGGCCGCCAAAUCCCAAACUUGCUUAACAAAUCCCUAAAAGUCUCUGGUUUUAUUUGAUUCUUUUGCCUUUUUACUCUCGUCACAAUUGAGGGGACAAGUUAACUGGCGUUACAAGUUGUUUUCAUGUGUUUCUUUUGCAGCAAUGGCUCUCUCUUUGCAGCCUUACACUUGGGCAUAUGAUAAAAGUUGUUCUACUCAACUGUCGGAAGAAAGAAGUAAAAAACAAAAAGUGAGGUCAAUGGCAAACACAAUGGAGAAUGCACACCAUUUGCCUGAAAGCAUGAUCAUAGAGAUUCUUUCAUGGCUGCCAGUAAAAGAACUAUUGCAGUACAAGAGUGUGUGCAAAUCAUGGUAUGCAAUAAUUUCCAGUGCUAGUUUCAUAUCGCAACAUCUCAGAAACUACUGCAAUAAUAGUAACAAUGUGGAUUGGGGUGGAUGUCUCUUAGUCCAGCGUUAUGUUUCCCAAAAUGAGAUUCAGUUGUUUGAGUUGUUCCUGGAUGGAACUCCUCGAGUUUUAGCUGUGGAAGAGUUGUAUAGGAUGCCUAUGUACCGCUCAUUUAUCGACGGCCCUUGUAAUGGAAUAUAUUAUCUGUACCAAUACUACUCUGGUCAACGUGCUUUGUGGAAUCCGACCAUCAAUGAGUUGAAGGUCUUACCUGAAAUAACUUUCGAGCCAUCCAUGGCCACAUUUGCUAACUACGAAGUUUGUGGUUUUGGGCUAAAUCCUGGAACCACUGACGAGUACAAGGUUGUUGUUAUCAAAGACCGUUGGCUGACUAGUGAUCACGAUGAUGAUGAUGAUGAUGAUGGAAGCUUUGCCAGGCAGCUACCCCAAUCUGUCAUGGUCUACUCUUCAAGGACAGAUUCUUGGAAAUACUGUGGAGAUCUGGCUAAAUGUUAUUACUUGGAGAUGAAUAACUGUUACAUUUAUGUAAAUGGAUGUUGUUAUUGGUGUGCACAGGAUGAAGAGAUGGAUGAAGUGAUCAUAUCAUUUGACAUGGCUAACAAUGCAUUUAAAGAGAUGGAUGUACCAGGUUAUGCAGAACCAAGUUCCAAGUGCCUAGGAGUAUAUGAUGAUUCUCUUGCCCUUUACUCUCUCCAUCGUAGGGAGGUUUUUGAGCUUUGGACAUGGGAUGAGGGGUGCCACUGGACUAAGAAGUUAACUGUAGGACCAGGACCUUUCUAUGAUGUUUCGGGUCCUGUUGGCCAAUGGAAGAACAAUAAAGUUAUACUACGUGGUCAUGGGAAUAAGCUACUUCUAUUUGAUCCCGAGUCCAAAGAAGUAAUUGAUCUUGGGCUUCAGAAUGAUGUUAACUAUGAAGGAGUUUUCGUGUACAUGGAAAGUCUGGUUUCAAUCAAUCAAAAACGAAACCCGUAGUCAUUCAUUCAUUCAUUCAUUCAUUCAUUUAUCAUUCUCGGCUCCCUUACUAGUAAAGUAAAUCUGGUAUAUAUGUUUUAGUGAGAGCUUUGUUGAGAGAUUGAGCAUUUUAUUUUCUAUUUUCUAUAACAUGUCAUGUCAAUUGAUUCAUUAAUAUAAUGCAGUCCUAUGAGCUUGUUUAAUAGCUA